AUGGCGCACACUAUCCUAGUGACGGGUGCGGCCGGCCGUCAAGGUGGUGCGACUGUUCGCGCUCUCCUCGACAUCGCAUCCGAUCGCAACAUUGCCGUGACUAUCCACGCUCUUGUUCGAGACCCUACCUCAGACGCCUCCAAGGCUCUGGCAUCCUUGGGCGCUUCCGUCGAGCUCUUCGUCGGCAACUUCGACGACAUAGCCUCACUCCACGCGGCCGCAAAGGCCUGCACCGCCGUCUUCAUCAACGUCAUGCCCGACAAAGGCGCCCCAGACACGGAGCUGCGCCACGCCCGCGCCAUCCUCGCCGCCUGCAAGGCCGCGGGCACCGUCACCCGCGCCGUCUACAGCUCCGCCUCCAUCAUCGGGUGCGAGCGCGCCCAUGCCGAACUGGACGCCUGGCCGGGCAUGGCGUGGUACAUGCGCUCCAAGAAGGCGAUCGAGGACGAGGUGCUGGCAGCCGGCUUCUUAGCAGACGCGAGCACCCUUCUCCGACCCGCCAUGUUCUUCACCAACUUCGUCAGCCCCGUCGCCGCGGCCAUGUACCCGAAUCUCGCCACGACGGGCGAACUGCACACCGCGCUCGACCCGGACUUGAAGCUGUCGUGCCUGGACCCCGACAUGAUCGGCCGCUUUGCCGCAAGGGCCCUCGUGGAGCGGGACGGCGACUUCUGGCGAGGCAGGAUAGUGCCGCUCGCUCGCGAGCACUUGACAAUGCCGCAGAUUGCCGAUAAGCUGACGGCUGCGGUCGGCGACAGGAAGGAAGUCAAGGUCGUGCCUUUUUCGGAGGAGGAGCUCGCGGCGAAGCGGACCGUCUUUGUUAAUUCGGAGCUGUUUCGGAACGAGUUUCGUGGCGCGGUCGACUUGGAUGAGGUCAGGAGCUAUGGAGUGCAUCUGGGAUCAUGGGACGAGUUCGCGCGGCGGGAGAAGAAGGCGAUCGAGGUGGCGUUGGGGUUGGCUUGA